UUUAUACAAAUGACAGCGUCGUUGUGGACCCGGCGAGGAGGCCAGAUUCGUUCUCUGUCCACCGACAGCGCAGAAGCCGGCUGGCGCACGAGAGGAGCAUCUCAGGGAGUGGCGGCUGAAGUCCUGAGUUUCAACGAUCUGAGGCCAUGCAUUUUGCCGCUGUUCUGGUGGCGGCCCUGGCCGUGACCGCUCACGGGCUGCGCUCACCCCUGGGAAAACACUUCCCUAAGAGCACACGGCGCGUGGCGCCCGGUGUCGGCGGCGAGGCGCUCUUCCUGACGCCCUACAUCCAGGCGGGAGAUCUGGAGACGGCCAGGAGUCUCAGUAAGGUGUCGGGCCUUGACGGUUACAGCGAUGUGAGCUACUCGGGAUAUCUGACAGUGAACGGAAACUACAACUCCAACAUGUUCUUCUGGUUCUUCCCUGCAGCGGAGAGCCCGGAGACGUCGCCGGUGGCGCUCUGGCUCCAGGGCGGUCCCGGAGGCUCCAGCAUGUUCGGCCUGUUCGUGGAGAACGGUCCGUUCGGCCUGGACGAGAACAUGAACCUGGUGCCCCGCAACCUCACCUGGGUCAAUCGGCACAACAUGCUCUACAUCGAUAACCCUGUCGGCACCGGAUUCAGCUUUACCGAGGACGACGCUGGCUACGCCACGAACGAGGCAGACGUGGGCCGUGACCUGUACGAGGCGCUGACGCAGUUCUUCACCCUCUUCGACAGCUACCAGUCCAACGACUUCUACAUCACCGGCGAGUCGUACGCCGGAAAGUAUGUUCCGGCCGCUGCCUACACUAUCAACCUAAACAACCCAACUGCCGAGCUGAAGAUCAACCUCAAAGGUAUCGCGGUGGGUGACGGCCUUGUCGACCCCAUCAACCAGCUGGACUACGGCACUAUGCUCUACAACGUUGGACUCAUCGACGCUGAGCAGAAGGUCUUCUUCACGGAGAAGGCCCAGGAGACUGCCGACCUCAUCAACCAGGAGAAAUUCAUCGAGGCAUUCCACACCUGGGACAUCGUUCUGAACGGUGACAAGACGCCAUACCCCACCUACUACAAGAACGUCACCGGCUUCGACAACUACUUCAACUACCUCUACCCGGUGGACCCUUACGACGCCGUGCCCUUUGACGAGUACCUGAACCUGCCGGCCACGCGGGAGGCCAUCCACGUCGGCAGCAGGCCCUUCAACGACGGCAGCAUCGUGGAGACCUACCUGCUCGCAGACAUGAUGAACUCGUCGAAGCCGAUGGUGGAGGCGGUGCUGGACGCCGGCUACCGGGUGAUGAUCUACAACGGCCAGCUGGACGUCAUCAUCGCCUACACGCUGACGGAGCAGUGGCUGGCCUCUGCCGAGUGGCACGGCGCCGAGCAGUACCGUACCGCCGAGCGCUACAUCUGGCGCGAGGACGGCGAGAUUGCCGGAUACGUGCGCGUGGCCGACAACCUGCACGAGGUGAUGGUGCGAAACAGCGGCCACAUGCUGCCCUCCGACCAGCCAGAGUGGGCCUAUGCGCUCAUCAACAAGUUCACUCAUCCGAACGAUGCUCAGUUUGUCUGAGAAUAGAUGUGACUGUGUGUCCCUUCAAUGUCUCAGUGUUAUCAAUGUUGAUGUGCUCACAACGCUGUUCCUACAAAUGGCAAUAACGUUUGAAUGAAAAUAAUAAAACUGCCGCCCAUCCAUGGCGGAGGCAUGCAUUUUACCUUCA